AACGCUUUAGAUGUAUAGUAUUUGAAGUCAUAUAAUGUGCCAUACAUUCAUUUGUAAUGAAUAACCACAGAGAUGGAUUAUGUUAGCCACUAGCUAGUUAGCUCAACAUGUCUCUCAAUGACAUUUGUGGGGACGCAUUUGCAGGAGCUAACGUAGCUAACUAACUCAUGUGAGCCGCUUAAAUAGCUAAAUGUGCUGUUGCAAAAUAUAUGAACAGGGCGGGUUAAACUAGUUAGGUUGCAGAAACACUUAAUUCAAUUCAUACGCCACGAUGCUUGUUUUUGUUGCUUUCAAAUAAUAAAGUAAAGCAAAGGGAAUCGUUAGCCACUAAGCUAGGUAGCUAAUAUCUAACCAGCAAUGCGCCCCAACAGCAGGGGACUUCGGAGAAUUCAGGUCAACUUCAUAGAAUGGAUCAAUUUGUCAACAAUUAUAAACACAUUAUAAGUGUAUGCAAAUGAACUUCACACGUCACAUGUGUAACGUCAUGUUAACUAAGUCAUUUAAAAGUACAUAUUAUCCAUUCAUUGAAACCAUAAAAUUAGAACAGAUGUUGAUGAUACAGCUAGUAUAUUAGGUAUAACUUGCCACGUGUGUAGGAUGUUUGUGUCUUUACGCUUAGGCAGGUUAUUUGAUACAUGUCCAUAUUAGCCUACACGUGGCAGACACCGAUCUCGCGCCGCACCAGGGGUAUAUUCAUUAUGCCGAUUGCAACAGAAACAUGUUUACUCCAAAUGGAAAACGUUUUGCAAUGAAGUCUAUUGAAUAAAUUCAGGAUAAUAACAUGGAUCAAGGAGGAGUGAAGAAGAACAGGAGUAACAAAGACAACAGCCGAGUUAAGCUCCUUCUGGGCGAAACCACCUCAGAGAGAACCCCUCUCACUGGUGCUCCCUGCAGUGCCAUGUCCGUUGCUUUGGCAACCACCACCACCACCUCCUUCCUUCCAUCCAGCCAGCUGAUGCAACCAGGUGACGUGCCCAGCGGACUCAGUAACAGCCCUCCUCCCUCAGGUGAGGACCUCGCCUCAGCCUCCGCCACGGCCUCCGUGGGCCUCUACCUGGAAGACCCAGAGCCUCCCACCACAAAGCUCCUGCCCCAACAGACUAACACUUCCCUGGGCCUUGGACUCUUCACCCUUGGGGAUACCUACUCCCGCCUGGAAGACAGCAUCGCUGACUUCCACCGCUCCUCACCCAGCAUGGACUCUCUGAUCGGGGGCUCGGACCCUAACCUGUUCCCCAUGUCCAUGAGGACGGAGACAGACUUCUCCCGGGACCAGGACCUUAUGGAUAUGGACCAGGAAGGGUACAUUGGAAAAGACCAGAAACUGUUCAACGACAACACUCUGGAUCUCCUCCAGGACUUUGAGUUGACAGGCUCCCCCUCAGACUUUUACGUAGGGGACGACGCCUUCCUUUCCUCCCUGGCUGAUGACACUCUGCUGGGGGAUGAGAGCCAGGAUCGUGGGGUGUCCAACUCCACCUCCAAGCCAGCUGCUACUACGACCAAUAGUGGAGGUUUUAGCGGUUCCAACACCACCACGUUGAAUGGUAGCAAUCUACUAACAUGUCAGGAUGAAUCCAACUCCAGCACCCCUAUGACAGGCAGCUCCCCGACCCCCAACACCUUUCCCGUGGUGAAGCUCGAGAAGGAAUCUGGCUUCAUCCAGCUGUGUACUCCAGGAGUGAUCAAACAGGAGAAGACGUCGGCCAUUCAUAGCUACUCCUGCCGAAUGAGUGGUAGUACCGGCGGCUCCACUUCCUCCUCCCCCUCAGAGCUGUCCACCGCCAGCCCCAUCUCCAUCUGUGGGGUGAGCACCUCUGGAGGACAGAGCUACCACUUUGGAGUCAACAGCAGCAUCAACACCCCCUUGGCUUCCACUACCAGUGGAGCGUCUCCGCAGAAGGACCAGAAGCCCUCCGUGUUCAGCCUGUAUCCUCCGUUGGUGACCGUAGGAGAGGCUUGGAACAACAGUAGCUAUGGGGACGGAGCUUCUGGAAUGCAAGGUCUCUCCAGCCCUACCUCCUCUUUCUCCAGCAGCUUUGAAAGUUCUACUUCCAGGCAAGGUGGUGGCGCUGCGUCGUGUACAACCCAGGGCAAGGCCGGGACCGCCCAUAAGAUCUGUCUGGUGUGUUCAGAUGAGGCGUCCGGCUGUCACUACGGGGUGCUCACCUGCGGAAGCUGCAAGGUGUUCUUCAAGAGAGCCGUGGAAGGUACGGUGGCAAGGGGGCAACACAACUACCUGUGUGCUGGGAGGAAGGACUGUAUCAUCGAUAAGAUCAGAAGGAAGAACUGUCCAGCCUGCCGCUUCCGUAAGUGUCUCAUGGCAGGGAUGAACCUGGAAGCUCGUAAAACCAAGAAGCUGAACCGUUUAAAGGGGGUGCAGCAGCCCACCAUGGCCGAGCUGACCCCCCGUCCGCUCCCAGAGGCCAGGUCGCUGGUCCCCAAGUCCAUGCCCCAGCUCACCCCCACCAUGCUGUCUCUACUAAAGGCCAUCGAGCCAGACACCAUCUACUCUGGCUACGACGGCACCCUGCCAGACACCUCCACCCGCAUCAUGACCACCCUCAACAGGCUGGGGGGACGACAGGUGGUAUCAGCCGUCAAGUGGGCCAAGUCUUUGCCAGGGUUCCGGAACCUUCACCUGGACGACCAGAUGACUCUGCUGCAGUGUUCCUGGUUGUUCCUCAUGUCCUUCGGCCUGGGCUGGAGGUCCUACCAACAGUGUGCCGGGAACAUGCUCUGCUUCGCUCCAGACCUCGUCAUCAACCAGGACCGUAUGAAGCUGCCCUACAUGGCAGACCAGUGUGAACAGAUGUUGAAGAUCUCCAGUGAGUUUGUCAGACUGCAGGUGUCUCAUGACGAGUAUCUGUGUAUGAAGGUUCUGCUGCUGCUCAGCACCGUGCCAAAGGAUGGUCUGAAGAGUCAGGCAGUGUUUGAUGAGAUCAGGAUGUCCUACAUCAAGGAGUUGGGGAAGGCCAUCGUCAAGAGAGAGGAAAACUCCAGCCAGAACUGGCAACGCUUCUACCAGCUCACCAAGCUUCUUGACUCCAUGCACGAGAUGGUUGGUGGGCUGCUCAACUUCUGCUUCUACACGUUCGUCAACAAGUCUCUGUCGGUGGAGUUCCCAGAGAUGUUAGCAGAGAUCAUCAGCAACCAGUUACCAAAAUUCAAAGCCGGGAGCGUCAAGCCCCUCCUCUUCCACCAGAAAUGACUGUGUGGUGCUUCCGCCACCAUGACACAAUGCCUUAAAAUCCCCUCACCUUUCCCCUGACAGAGGGAGACCGGGAAGAAGAGAAGACAGAAGAGGAGAUGCUGUUUUGGGAGAAAGUAUACAAAGUACAAGGGUUUGGGGAUUUGGGGAUGAAACAUGGAGGAGGAAGGAGAGAUUUGUCAAGAGGCAGACGACGAGAGGGAAAGAGCACAGAGUUUUUUUAGUUUCGUUUAACAUCUAUGAUCCAGUAUGCAGUAUAACAGUAGAAAUAAAUGUCUUAAGUUUAAAGAUAAUCAAGGAUUGAAAUAAACUAACCGUGUUUUCUCAGGUGUAUCACCCUCAGAAUUUAACAAUAUCUAGAUUAAACAAGUAUCUCAUGUACAGAUUAUUAAGAUGCUAUUUUUUACAGCCACAGGUUUAUACAGUUUAUUAUACAGGUCAUUUCUUACCUCAGCAAAGGUAAACACUAUAACUAUUGUGAUGUUUUCCCACAGGUUUAGCUACUGGGUAUUCCUCUACCUACUGUCGUGUUUAGAACCUGGUUGUAAACAGAGUUUGAUUAUCAAGUCACAUGACAUAAAACAUCUCGUUUUGUUUUGUAACUGUCAUUACAAAAGCAUUUUUGCAUAGCUUUUUUUUUUUUUUUAAGUCAGGCAUAACAUUAUGAAUGAGUUUUUUUAAUUUUUAU